CCCAACAGCAGGACGCACUAGCCCAGCCCAUCACCCCGGAAGAGGUUAGCAACACGAUAAAAACCCUGCAGAAAGGCAAAGCCCCAGGACCAGAUGGCUUUGCCAACUCAUAUUAUAGCAAAUUCCGCAAAGUAUUAGCAUCUCGCCUGGCUGAAGUCUUUAAUGAAGCCCUACAAGCGGAGUCACUCCUUGAGGAAAUGCAAUUGGCACACAUCAUCACUCUUCCCAAACCAGACAAACCACCGUGGUGCCCGCAAAACUUCAGACCAAUCUCGCUCCUUAGCACGGACGCCAAACUCGUAGCCAAACUCUACGCAUUGAGACUCGGACCUAUACUCCCUCACAUUAUACAUGACGAUCAG